UUUCCAAAGUGCUUCGAACCCUCAGUACCCAAACCAGUGCGGUCAAAUUGGGUCAAUGGGAUGUAUUCAAUCAUCUGAAUCGAAUUCUCUGAGCAAAAAAAAAUCUGGAUAUCAAAAAUUUUCCGAAGAAAAAUUGUAUCACAUCCAUUCCCUCGAUUCGCUGAGACUCAAGGCCAUUUAACCUAGGUGAAAGUCAAAGUUACUGAUAAAAACUCAAGUGAAUAACGAAGUGCCAUAGUUGUAUCGAGUUACCCGAGCAGCUGUUAACCAUUCAAUCAUCAAUCCAAUGUCAUAUUUAAAUCUAUUGUUGGAUCCAUCGUGCUGUUCAGGGUUGGAGAAGAGUAUUAACAUUUCCGGGAAGAGUCUGGAGAUUUUUCUGUAGUCUUUCAAGGGUCUUGGCCACUCCAGGGGUGGACAGCUGCGAGACAUUUUUGGAGGACAUUUUACUAUCACAACUCGACAUUUUCGUAAUUCAGAGAGGUUACGCUGCAGGUUGUCGUGGAGAUUGUACUGAUAGAAAGGAUCUCCUCUAGGUGGCAUUGAAGAGCAACAUAUGGAUCCCCAGGUGGAGUCGAGAGGUUGAGUCUGUGGUGUGAUUGAGCAUUUCCUAGAGAUUCUAGAGGGAUGAAGUCGAUGGCCAGCAAUGGAUCGCCGUCUGGGUACGGCAGGGACAUGGCGGAGAGACUGGGCCUGGGGCCUGAGGUCAGGGAGCUCAAGCUUGGUCCCACCUUCACUGGCGACCGAGGGACUGCCUUUCAUACUCUAAAAUACGAUUUCAAGCCAGCCUCUGUGGAUGUAUCAAAAAUGGCGACAGUGGAGGUUGGCUCCAACCACAUGAUGACAGUGACAGUGCCCCACCUAGAUGGUGCAGGCAUACCCCACACAGUGUUCAAAGGCUCCCAGCGACCUUACAGCAAGGAAUGCGUUCUGAUAAUCGACAGGAUAACUGGAGAAAUCACCCUGGAGAAGCUGUCCUCCAAUGUACAAGUGAAGAAAACGAGGGUGGAACCCAAAGCCCAACUGUUGGCAGUGCCAACGUCCAAUAGCACAAAUCCCUCGGGUAGACCGCACACUCCGGUAGAGACGAAGAGAAGCCCAACUCAUGGGAGAUCCACGAGUAGAACGAAAGUCUCCACCGGAAAGAAAAGGGAACCCACUGUGCAACUGCAUCCCAAGACUCAGCAACCAAGUCCCAAGGGAAUCUCUCCUUAUCAUGGAAAGAGCCCUCCCAAUGUAAAUAAUAGUUCUCCAGCACAGUCAGUAGGGCCAUCGACUCACCCGAGUCUCCCUAUGAUCGGUGCUGACUUCGAGGACUUCCCAGCCCCUGCUCAGCCCCCUAAAGCCGCCUCGCCCCCCUCAAAGCCCUCCCCCAAUUUCGAUACUGGAACAACCACUGUUAUCUCCAGGGACCAAGUUGGAGUUCUCAGUGAAUCCAGUUCCAGUAGCUCAAGCUCCUCUAGUUCUGAUAGUGAUUCUGACGAGGAAACUCACAGACCCAUGACUGCCAAUGGACAUGCAAAUGGACAUACAUCGUCUCCAAAUCCCAUUCUGAUGCCCAUGCCAGAUAAUCUAUUGAACGAUGAUCUUCAAUUAUCUGAAUCGGAAUCAGAUAGCGAUUAAUUUUUCCCGUAAUCGAAUGUAAAUGAAUUCACGGAAACGAUUGAAGACGGUUGAUUAUAUAGCCAAAAGACGAUAAUCGUUAUGAAAAAUUAUAUAUAUAUAUAUUUUUGCUAAAUUGAGUUAGGGUGUUCGGCGUUUUAUCAUCAAUCUUGUUUUUAUUUCUGUUCGUUUUAAUGAAAAGAAACGUUCAUUCUUCUCUUAUAUCGUAGUGUGUAAUUGUCAGCUCAAACCUUUGAAUAAAGCAAGGUCUUGCCCAGCAUUA